AUGGGUCGGCCGGAACAUGGGCAUGAAUUACAGAUCUAUUUGGCAGCUUCGGAGGGGGCCAUUAGCGCGGCCCUGAUACAGGAGGUUCCCCAGUUCAAACUGGUGUAUUUCGUUAGUAGAAGCUUGAAGGAGGCAGAGUUGAGGUACCAGCAGUUGGAGAAGGUGGCCAUGUCCCUGAUUUACGCCGCUCGGCGGUUACGGCCAUACUUCCAAGGGUUUCAAGUCGUGGUACGGACGGACUACCCGAUAGCCAAGAUCUUACGAAAACCAGAUUUGGCAGGACGGAUGAUAGGGUGGUCGGUAGAACUAUCGGAGUUUGGGUUGAGGUACGAGCCGAGGGGGUCGGUACGGGGUCAACAUCUGGCGGAUUUUGCAGUUGAUCUACCCCCUGAAGAGGGGGAAUUCUGUUGGAAACUUUCAGUUGAUGGGUCGUCUAGCCUAAGGGGAGGAGGAGUGGGGGUGGUCUUGGAAGGGCCGAACGGGAUACUGAUUGAGCAAUCGUUGGUGUUCCAGUUCAAGGUUAGCAACAACCAAGCCGAAUAUGAGGCUUUAUUGGCCGGGAUGGAGUUGGCAAGGGACCUAGUAGUAGGUCGGCUGGAGUGUCAGACGGAUUCCCAGCUGGUCGAGGGGCAGAUAAAUGGGAGCUUCCAGGUGAAGGAGGAUCUCCUGUUACAAUAUUUUCACAAGGCCAAGCAAUUGGCCACAAGCUUCAAAGAGUUCACAUUGCGACAUGUUCCCCGAUCGGAGAACAGCCGUGCCGAUACACUGUCGAAACUGGCCGGCGGAGUCACGAAAGGAGGGUUGUCUUCGGUGAUCAAACUGUUGGUAACCAAGCCGACGGUGGAAUGCUGCGCCAUUACUACCAGGGGAAUACAAAGUACCUGGAAGGACGAGAUAGUACAAUUGAUUCGGAGGCAGGAUGACGGGGGGGCCUUAAGUACCGAGGAGGCCAAGAAGAUCGCUCGGUAUUGUUUGAUAGGUGAUGAGCUAUACCAGAGGGGUUACGUCACUCCGCUAUUGAAGUGUUUGCUGGAGAACGAAGCGGAGUACGUAAUGAGGGAGUUACAUGAAGGGAUGUGCGGGAGACAUACAGGUGGGCGAACUCUACGAGCUAGAGUGCUAAGAGCAGGGUUUUUCUAG